AUGUGGAGUGCAGUACGACCAUCGCCUAUCCGGUGGCUUCGAGCUCCGGGUCGAGCACUCUCCAGCUCCUUCACCAGGGGCCGCGCCAGUCCUCGAGGCCCCCGGAACAGCAUACGGAGACUGGAACCUAUUCCGAAUAUCAGACGAGAAGGCGCACAACCGCUGCAUCCGGAGUCUUUGAACGGCGAAACGAGUAACCCUGCCGCAAACUACGAGCCUUCUCAGAAUACCCUCCUCUCGCCCGUCCAUAUACCAGAAGACCCCAAUGCAGUGCUCAAGGAGAAUCACCCUGCCACAGGGCUACUGGCGAACUCAGGCUUAGUCGUGCAGAGACAGCUGGAGUUAAUGAAUGUGAUGAUCGGGUUCGAACAGGCGAAUAAAUAUGUGAUUAUGGAUGCGAAUGGGAACCAUGUGGGAUAUAUGGCAGAGCAAGAGAAAGGCUUAGGCAGUACAAUGGCCCGGCAGUGGUUCCGGACGCAUCGCUCUUUCGUGACACAUGUUUUUGACCGGCAUGAGAAUGAAGUACUCAGGUUCCAUCGGCCGUUCUCCUACAUCAGUUCCCGUAUUCGAGUCUAUGAUCCUCUUGACAUCGCCGGAAAGGCCGAUUCGUCGUCGACUACUCUCCAGACAGUUUCGCCAGGGCAUCUAGUUCAAGCAAGUGGGGAAUCCAAUGCCAAAGUAUCGCCGCUCGGAAUUGAAGACAUGCGUGUGGUUGGGGAAGCACAACAACAAUGGGCACCAUUACGGCGAAAAUACAACCUCUUCACCUACCAUCCUUCUCCGGAUGCAUCAACAAACAUGGAAACCAAGAGAUUACCACUUGCUGACUCCGGACUUUCUCAAGCGCAGCAGAUGCAGUUAAUUCGCAGUGGGGAGUCUGGUCACGAACAAGGGGAGUUCAGCCAAUUUGCCUACGUGGAUGAGCCUUUCUUGUCAUGGGACUUUGCGCUUCGCUCGGCAGAUGACAAGCUGAUUGGAUCGGUUAACCGUGAUUUUGCUGGUUUCGCUCGCGAAUUCUUCACUGACACUGGCGUAUACGCUUUGCGCAUGGAUUCCGCUUCGCUCAGUCAGGCAGAACAAGCGGGCACACAGAGUGACGUCGCCACAGGCAUGAGCCUCGACCAGCGUGCGGUGAUGCUAGCUACGGCGGUGAGUGUGGACUUUGACUACUUCAGUCGGCAUAGCGGUAGUGGGGGUUUUGGCUUCAUGCCCCUCUGGAUCCCUGGUAUGGGCGGAGACGCCGCUGCGGGCGGUGCUGCUGCCGGUGGUGCCGCUGCAGGAGAAGCCGGCGCGAUAGGUGAAGCAGCUACGGGAACCGCGGGAGCUGCUGGUAGAGCCGGUGCUGCUGGUGGGAUGGCUGAAGGUGCCAGUGCUGGUGCUGCCGGCGCCGGUGCAAUGGCCGGGUAUGAAGCCAUGCAACGAGGUAUGGGUGAGCCGUAUGCACAAGACGCAUCUUCCGACCAACAACCACCAACAUCCAUGGACCAGCCGCCGACGCCUGGUCAGCCUGGUCCGUAUGGAGAUUACUGGGCUGAAGAGCAGCAUGAAGAUGUUUGGGAUGAGGACCCAUGGAGUGAUGAUGGAGGUGACGAUGGAGGUAACGAUUGGUUCUAG